AUCACUUUCCAGAAGUUCUUAACUUGUUGAAAAGCGUGGUGUUACGUAGAGAGCUUCUCAAACAUAUUUCUGUACAGUUUUUCGAAAUUCUGUAUCUCUUUGCCAUGAAUUUGAAUUAUUUGAUGACCAAAAAAACUCCUAUCAAUUCCAGUAGAAUUCAGGUACGCGGCAAUGACGGUGUUGUGUCACCUGUUGGCGAUGAUAUCCAUGUUGUUGCACCGGUUGUCGAUGGAAACAAACUGAAAAUUCAGGUCCCUGUAAUGGAGACACGUGGCAGCACUGAUGGGGAUAAUAAAAUGAGAAUUGAGGUACCUAUACCGAGGAACUUGCUGUUUCAGCCGGCUAGAAUGGGGGACACGUGUCAUGAUCAUGCGCUUUUAUUAGUUCAGAAUUAUGGGAAUUUUAAGAUUAGUGGGAAACCGGCUAGGUUUAUGUUUUAUAAGGAUGGAUUAUGGGAGAAUUUUGAGGAGAAUGUAAUGGAUUUGAUGGUAUCAGGUUUUGUUAGUGGUAAACCUGUGUUUGAAGUGGAAGUGGAAGGGUUUAAUAGUCUUUUUGAUUUUUAUAGGAUGUUAGAAAUUGACUUGAAAACAGGGAAAGAAAGGUCUAUCUCUUGGAUUGAUGUUAAUGGUCAGUGUUUUUUCCCUAAAAUGUUCAUUGAUGAUGAGGGUUUAGAAAAUGUAGAUAAAAAGAGUAAGGAAAAAAUCGGAGUUUCGAAGGUUAAUGAAAAUUUAGAGAAUCCCAAGAUUGAAAUUGAGUUAAGAAUGUUUGAGAAUAAAGAAGAGUUGAGGUUAGGAAAGAGGAAAAGGGAAAGUGAGGAAAACGAAGCGCGUGUUGUGUUUGGUGAAAUGAGUUCACCAAGGUGGCCUAAGGUAAGGCCAAUGAGGGAAGAUGAGAGGUGUUAUCAGAUGGUAAAGGGUUUUCUGGUGUCGGGUUUGAGAGGAGUUUACGCUGGUGUUAUGAUCACUGCGGUUCAUCAGUGUAUUAGAACGGGUCCAAUGGAAAUGGCGCGGUUUGAGGUUUUUAAGAAGCAUGUGGAGAUUGUAAGGAGAGUUAGAGGAGGGGACCCUAAUGUUGUAUAUGCUUGGUAUGGGGCGUCGGCUAAGGAUGUGGACAGCAUUAUGCGUCAUGGGUUUGGAAUGCCUAGCAUGGAACGCGGUUCUAAUACUCAUGGCGUUGGUAUAUACUUGUCGCCUGUACGCGCACCACAAAAUAGUGCAAUGAUGUCUGCGGAAGAUGAAUAUGGUGAAAAGCAUAUCAUUUUAUGUCGAGUUAUAUUAGGAAAGUCUGAAAAGGUUGAGUUAGGAUCUCAGCAGUUGCGACCGUCGAGUGUGGAUUUUGAUACCGGGGUUGAUGACUUGACGAAUCCAAGGUGGUAUGUGGUGUGGUGUGGCAAUAUGAACACCCAUAUUCUACCUGAGUGUGUCGUCAGUUAUAAACCUCAUAUAUCAGGUCUUCAACCGAAUGUUCCUUCUCCUUUGAGUACAUUAAUAUCCAAGCUAAAUAGUUCGCUUCCGCCACCAAAAGCGCUGCAGUUGCAAUGUUUGUAUAGCUCCUAUCGGGAAAGCAAAAUUGCAAAAGAAAUUUUCACGAGACAGUUACGAUCUGUUGUUGGAGAUGAGAUGCUGCGUUCAAUUAUUCUGGAAAUCCGUGGCUGAGAUGAGGUUCUUUUAGUGUAUAAUUUUUGUUGGGAGAAAAUGGGAUGUGUUCUCAUUCAUACUUCCAUCUUAUAUAAACAAAGUGUAAUGUUACCUUUACAGAGGGAAAGCUCAGCGGUAGGAAGCAGGAUACACCUUAGAGACUUACAUUUCGUCUUUGUUGUAGUUUUCUUAAAGUUGUUGUAGUGAUAUUACUAGAACUUUCAGGACGUUUUUUGCCUUUUAGUGGAAGUAAAACCUGUUCAAACAAGUACAUGUUUUUCAUGUCUGUGUGUUCUGCAUGUGAAAUUUUAUUUGGGAAUUGUCUAGCGCUAGUGUGCAACUCCCGCCUUCUUUUAGCGAGGAGGCUUGAGUAUGGCUUCAGUGAAACAUGAAGAAAUGGUUUAUCUUACAGCUUUUUCCUUGUUUCCAUUCUUCAUGUCCUUUGGAUAUUUUGCGGAAAUUUUUAACCAUUUCUUUUUUAUUUUUAUCUAUAUUAUUCUGUGCAACUUUGGAGACUUCAAAAUAUUUACGUGGUUUGCAGAAUUUUCUCAGAAUUAGCGGCUUAAGUUAAUCCUUGAUCUUUCCUGUGUUUGAAUGGUUAAUUGAUCAGGUCCUUGCUUUACUCGUACAUGAUGCAUAUACGUACUAUUGCAUGGGGGAAGUUUCUUUUUGAAGCAUUCCAUGUUAGUGAAGCUCGAGGCAUGAAUUCUAGUGAAGUGCCUGUUUUUGAGCUUUGAUUAGGAUGCUAGACUAUUUUAACAAACACUCCCUCUAUUUCAAGUUAUGUGACCUAUUUUUCAGUUUGUUCCAAAAAGAAUGCUCUCUUUUUAAAUUUGGGAACAACUUAUGUUAAACUUCCCAUUUUUUUCCUUAAUGACAAGCUUUUGUAGCCACACAAAUUUCAAAAGUGUCUGUAGCCACAAAAAUGUUUUGGCAUGUCUAACAGCACAAGUUUCAAAAGUUCCCUUUUUUUUCUUAAACGUCGUGCUCAAUCAAAUGGGGUCGCAUAAAAUGAAAUGCCUGGUGUAAUUGAUUCGAUACAUGGUUAUAGGGACCUUGCUUUGUGUUUACAUGAUUCAUGUAAACUAAUAUUAUGCAUGUAAGAAGUUCCGUCUCAAUAGUAAGUAUUCCAGCUUGUGUAAAGCUACGUGCUUUAUAUGAGGUGCCUGCUUUCGAGCUGUGAUGAGGGUGGCAGCCUAUAUUAACAGAUAGUUGGUUGAGUAUUGAUUGAUAGCCAGUUUGUGGUUAAGAACCAAUUGAAGUGGGUCUCUUGCAAUGAUGUUUCGCUUUCUGGUGAGUGGAAACGGUCACUUGCAUGUCUACUUUCUGAUGAUAUGUUGUAUGUCCUUGUGUGCAUGACUUUUUUUUUUUCCUUGAACAACAACUGUGUUCAGAUCCUUGGAUUUCACCGGAAGAGAAGCAUUAGAAAUCUUCUUGCAGUUGGUUGGUUAUCUGCUAAAUGUUGUGUGUAUUAUGCCAUGGCGUUGAAGGAUACAUGUCUUGCCUGUUCUUAGGAUGAGAUUAAGAUCUUAUUACCACUUGGAGGUCCUUGCAUAGUCAUGAUAAAGGUAAAAUAUGUCAAGAGAAGAUGUUUUAGCAAUUUCCGUAAACUAAGUAACCAGAAGCAACUCACGUGAUCAGUUGUUGCUAGUGGCAUAUAAGCAAAUGAUAUGUUCCAUGACAGGUGGCAAAUAUGACACGGGAGUAUGAUGUGGACACUUAGGUGCUUAACCCUCAUGCUUGUGUCGCUUAUCAAAAGAUGGGGUAUGUUACCUUUUAAUGAAGUAGGCGUAUUUGCACGUCUAGUGGAUGUUUUAACUUCUCGAGGCUGGCUGCUUUUUAAUGGAAUUAGGGUUAGAUAUCUAGCUGUUUUCUGUGUGAGAACGAAAAUUACACGCUGAAAUAUGUCACAUACUAGACCUCUGGCCAUAUGAUUAGGGUUUGAAAAAGUUAUGUAGCAGAUAGGGUUACGGUUAUAACAGCUGAUGGCAAGUGGCAAUAGUGCAUUUGUAAAUUAUGUCAGCAUACUGGCGGUAAUGCUGUUUGGAGUUCCAAUAUUUUCAGCACAUUGUUUUCCAUAAAUAUAAGAAUGCAUAGUUUUUAAGUGUAUAUUGGUCUAUACCAUCCACCAACUACAUGUACUGCGGUGGAAUUUGACAGUGUUCGGUGGAAUUUGACAGUGUGGACUGUAUCCAUUUAGUGGGUAGCAUAUUUAGCUUGAUGAAUGAUUUAAAGAUGCUUAAUUAGGUUAAUAAGUCUCUACUCGUAUGCUGUAGAGGGCAUGUCAGAUAUAUUUGGCAAAUGCAACACAUUAAAUGUGAGUUUCAACCUUCCAUUGAUGGCCAACCAGGGCAGACCUUAUUCUUAAGCUUGGAAACCUGAACAAAAACUAUUGGGUUAGGGUUUACAAACCAGGAGGUGCUUAAGAUUUUACAGCUUGAGCGGACGUGCUUUAGUUCGGCAGCCUAUUGGAAAAUACAGGAUGUAGCUCUAUUUCUUAAUUUGGUGGGUAGUAUAUUUAGCUUGAUGAAUGACUUAGAAAUGCUCAACUAGGUUAACAAGUCUCUACUCGUAAGCUGUAGAGGGCAUGAUAGAUAGUUGGAAAAAUGGAACACAUUAAAUUUGAGUUUCAACCUUCCUGCUAUGGCCAACCAGGGCCGACUUUAUUCAUGAGCUGGAGACCUGAAUAAAUAUCCAUUGGGUUAGGGUUUGUAAACCAGGAGGUGCUUAGAUUUUACAGCUUGAGUGGACGUGCUUUAGUUCGGUGGCCUAAUUGGCAAAUAUAGGAUUCCGUUCCAUGUCUAAAUUUAGUGGAGAUAGUAUAUUUGGCUUGAUGAAUGAUUUAAAGAUGCAUAACUAGGUAACAAUCUCUAUUCAUAAGCUGUAGAAGGCAUAACAGAUAGUUGGGAAAAAGAAAAAAAAGCUGCAUUGAAGUAAUGUUUAACUUAGGUUUCUGUUGGAAGAUUUUCCAAGACUUAGUGCCAAAACAAGCUAUAUUAAGAUAAUAUUUAACUUAGGUUUCUGUUGGAAGAUCUCCCAAGAUUUCCCAAGCCAAAACUAGCUAUGUAGCAGUAAGAAAAUCAUAAUUUCCUUGCAGUGCCCAUAUUCACUUUGGUGCAUUGCAGUUUUUGUUUGUUCAGUUACUUACUGUGCGUCUUCAUCUGUUUGUUAUUUCUCUGGAAUGGACUGUAAGUUGGGAUAGACCUGAUAUUUCUUCGUUCAUCACAAGGUUCAAGAGUCUACUAGAUGUUUCUAUCCCUCUCAUAGAUGUUGUGUACCUUAACUUUCACUCUUAAUGUUUUCUUCUAGUACAUACCUGACCCUCAACUUUUAUUUUUUUGUUCGCUCAUGUACUGUUCUCUCAAAUCAUUGUAGAGGAUUAGUGUAAUUUGAGCACUUUAGUUGGGAUCCAAGGGCAGAGAUCUUUGCUUCGUGCGUAGUUUGAAAACUUGGAGGUAUUCAUAGAAGACUGAAUAUGAUGGAGAAAUGUGCAAAAAGAUCAUAAAGUGACAUUUGAUCCAUGUUAUUGGUAUAUCUUGAAUGAGCCACCUUUUCUUGUAAAGUAGAUACUACAACUACUGCUAGGCCUUAGUCCCAAACAAGUUGGGGUCAGGUAUAUGAACUCUCACUGACCUUAUUCUCCGUUGAAGCUCAAUUCAUAUCAUUAUCAUAAAGCAAUGUAAUAAGUUUUAGUAAUAAUAAUAAUUAUUAUAAUAAUAAUAAUAUUAAAAUGUUCUUUAUAUUUUCACUGGCACAUAUAAAGCUAUGAUAAGGUCAAGAAUCAAGAUACUCCUAGAAAAGCAAUAGGUUGAAAAUUCUCGUCUAACGAGACUAGAACUUACUCCCUAUUAGUAGAUAUUACAUAUAUGGAUCUUUUUCUUCAUCUUUCCCAUAAAUUAGAUGACUCGGUGAAGUUAUCUUGUGGGUUUUAGCUUCUCUUGCUUGGAGGAACGACAUGAGUUUGAAAAUGUGGUACUUCGGUGUCAGGUGAAUUAUGCGGUGGUCGGUUUCUUUUCUAUUUCCACCUUUAACUACCAUUAGUCCAAAAGGUAUCUCAUCUUUCUUUUUCAUGAGCGCACGUGUUUGGUGGAAUCUAUGAAAAACAAGAGUUUAGUCUUUCACCUUCACUCUUUUUUCAUGAGUUUGCAACUAGUUGGCAUGCUUUCCUCAUGAGCAAGUACCUUCUUGCUUGAUUUUCCAAAUAGUGGAAGUAUUGUCAUGGAACUACUCAUUUUAAUUUAAGCUAUUAAUUUCAUUGUUCAUGGAUUCGCCAAUAUUUGACAUUAUUUCUCAUACACACUCUAUUACUUGAAAUUUCCCUACAGAUAAAAUAAUUACCAGAAAAGUAUUAUGACAAGUUAAAUAGCAUGAAUGUUGAUAUAUAACAUAGUGGCUAAAUCUACCAUGUACCAACUUAUUGCGACUGAUCUGAGGUGCCGAGUCUUGUUUCCUUUCUGAUAGAACAGAUAAUUUAUUUGAGCAUAUUCCUCAUCCCCUGUGAUUUGGAGUAAUAAGUGGUGAUUGUUGGACUAUGGACGCGAUAUCGUGAAGACCCAUCAGUUAGCUAGAUUUGAUUGGUAGUUAUUACCGUCUCAUAAUGGCAUCAGUUGUUGGUAAACUAUUAAUUACAUAUAAAACUCUAAUCAAAUUUUUGCUGUUUAAUAGAUUACAGUACAUUACAAGAAUCUGGUUACCUGAAUCUGAGUGACAAUUAGAUACUCCCAUGGGUAUAUCUUUAAUGGAUGUAGGCUAUCUUCUGGUCUCCUCUAUUUUUUUCCUAACCGUAACAGUUAUUAAAAGGGGAAAAAUGCUAACAUCUCUUAUUACAUUUUUGUUUUGUCUUGUUUCUCCUUUGUAACGGUCUUCUGGCUUUUCUUUCGGGCUACAAUCUUCUUGGACUUGGAUAAUUCAUGUCAGAGUGCCCAUUGUACCAGCUUGUUUCUUCAUUAUAUUUCUCAUAAACAAGCACUGUUUCAUAAGUUUCCUUGCCAAUGAAAUAAUUAGCACAAAAGUAGAAUACAGAUAUUUUGUAGCGCACUUGCUAAAUUUACAACGUAUCAAUUAUUUGUGACUUGUAACAUGCUGAGAAUCAUAAGAAAUUCUUUGUUGGUUAUAUGGGAGACAUUCUUCCUUAAGGGGUCUCCAUCAACAUGUUACGAAGCUCUAGUCUGGUAUGUUGCUCAUCCUAUACAAUUUGGGGCAGUUGGACUCUGAAUGGAAAACAUCGUGAAAACUUAUCAGUUUUGUCUGGUAGUAAUAACUCUCAUAAUCACAUUAGUUGUUUGUAAAGCAUUAAUUGCACCUGACAACUGUGAUCAAAAUUUGGCUUUUAGUAGAUUAGAGUACAUUAAAAAUCUGAUUAUGCACAAAAAAGAAACAGGUAUCUGAUUAAGUGAAUCUUACUCCUUAUUAGGUACCCUUUAGGCUAAUUUCUGCUCUCUUCGGUGGUACCUUAGCUUAUUAUCUAUUGAAAGGAAAAAAAAGUAAAGCUAUCUUAGAAAUGUUGUUUGAUUGUAUAUCUUCUAUCCUUGGGUAUUGGUCUUACUGACUUCACAUUAGGCUCAAGGUCUUAUUGGACUUGGAUGCUUUAUGUUAGGGUGCGCAAGGUCUCAGCACUUGUUUCCUUAAUGGAGUAGUUUCACUUGUCAAAGGUGGGCGUCUUCUAUUCUCAUCACUCUUGUGGUUUGUUCGUCAUAUCAUCCUUAUAUCAAGGAGUGGAAAAAGAAAGAGAUCACAUUUUUCUUUGUCUGUUGUCUGAUCUCUUGCCACUCACAUUGACUGGUUAACUAACGUCUUUCCGGAGCUAAGGCAUCGGUAAACCUAAUUCCUUCACGUAUUAAGGUACUCUUGUACAAGCUCCUUUUGUUUAAUUUUCGUUUUUUUACUUCUGAUAAGUGUCUUGCAGAAGAAGAACGUUGCAGCAUCUUUUCCUUGAUGUCUCAUUAGCUGAUCGAAAUAUCGGAUUGCCUGAACAACUGUACUUCAGCACGUUUUGCUGUAGGAUGAGUAAGCAAAGAGUAUAAUGCUAGUGGGUGCUUACAGUUUAGUUAUAUUUCUGGAUCUUUAGUGGAGCUUUCUUACGGCUGGUUGCUACAUGAGGAGGAAAAGGUGGUCUACUUUCAUGAGCAAAAUAGUUGCUCCAAACUGCCUCUUCUGCUUUUCUUUUCAAGGUUUAUCUGUUAUUUUCCUAACCAACUAUUCAUCUGCACUAUUGAAAUGAUUGGUCCAAGUAUGUUCUUUCCGACAGGUUAUCUUGUUCCAGCGUGCAAGAUAGCUGGCUGUCCCCAGCUGUUGCUUCAGAGUUCAUCUCAUAUGUCAAAGGGGUAUAUGUCUUGAGUGCAUUCUUUUUAACAGGUUCUGUUACACUCCUCUCUCUAGCUGCCUUUCCAUUUGACACUGUCCUGAUUGCUUGGCUAGGAGUUGUAUUGGUAGAUGAGCAGUGUGGGGAGGACUGCAGAGUAGUUAAUGGAUUAUCAUUACGUAAUAAAAUUUUGUAGUUUCUGGAUCACAUAGGUCAGAGCUCCUAAAAUUUAAAGAAAGAAGAAUCGGUUUUCUUCCUUUCUUGGUGUAUGUAGAAGACUGAAUCCAAUCAAUUCCUGAGAACGGUUACCAAUUUUGAACUUUUCGAAAUAUCCUUCAUCUCAACCACUUAUAUGUCAUCUUUUCGACCUUGCUUUUGUAGGAGCAAGUCAGAAAGGUUGAGGGGUAGCACCAGCAUAUUAUUUUGUCUGCAAUUGCCACGUUGAUCCUCAUAUGGUGGUGCUUUUGUUGCUCUUAUUACAGUUUAGUGAUUUAGUCAGACCACUAUGUUUUAGCUAGUAUUCUUGUCUAAACUAAUUGAGAUAGUAGAUAUGUGAAAACUGAAGUGAGGAAAUAAAAAGAAGGCCAAUGUGUGUUUUAUUCAAUAAACAUCAUGAUGUAGUCCACAAAUUGCAAUUGAGAAGUCUGGAGGGUUUGUGAUGAUUUUUCAAUCUCUUUUACUAGAUAAUCUGAAACUAAUCAAUUCAUAUUUCAGGAUGGCAAGAAGUUAAAUGUAAGACACCAAGUAUUUAUUUUGCUGGCUCAUUGAGGAAGGUUUUGUGAUUUGCUACUGCAGGGUGGAGAUACUAGAAUUUGAAAUUUUACAACCUACUUUCAAAACGAAUGGGUAGGACUAAGACAUUUUUUAAAAUCAGUAGUUGAUUUUGAGCCGUCUACACUCAAGUCUCUCUAGGAGUUCGGAGCAGGUAUUUGAUUAUUCCUAUGGUUUGGAUCACCGGAGAAGUGCUCCAUGUUGGUAGGUAUAUCAGAUGUUUUCUGUGGAUGAUGAUCUGGACAGCAGUAGUGGCGGAUGCAUUAUGGUAUCCCGUAUGUGGUGAGAUGUGAAUAACUUAUCCGGAAGAGAGUGAAGUGCAGAAAGGACAUUAUGCCCAUAGCUCAUCAUGGGGGCUGGGCUGUAUAUGGACUUCUCUGCUCAUACAGCUCUCGGCCAACAAGCAGUCAGCCUUCCUUUACAAGGAAUGAGAUUUUGGAUAAUUGUUCUUCACACAGGCAAAUAUCUUCUUGAUAUUGCCGGACAAUCAGAGUUUACCCGUGCAAAAGGAGCUGACAAAUUUCUUCUUGAUAUCACCGGACAACCAGAGUUUACUAUUGAAAAGAGAACACGAAAUGCUAAGUAGGACAUCUGAACCGGCAUCCUAGGGAAGUCCUAAACAGAGAUUGGGAUUGGAUAGGAUUGGGCUUAUUUUAAGUGUUUUUUUGCUUUUAAGCUCUUUUUUACUUUUUGUGGUGUUAGGGAAAAACAAAAAGUGCUUUUUAGGCAAAAAAAAAUACAAAAAUAAACUAAAAGUCAAAAGUUGAGUACUCCCAACUUAUGACUUUUGGCUUUUUAGCUUAUUAGCUGUUUUAAAAAAGUCAAUCCAAACACCCUGUUACACUGUUUUUCUUAAAAUUUUACUCCUAUGUUAAUAUAGCUGUUGGUCUGAGAAGGCUUUAGCUCUGGUCAAUCACCUUAAGUUGCCCCUUGAUGUAUUUAGUUUGAGGGGGUGUACUCGAGCUAAUUUUUUUUGUUAAACAUGUUGGUACGUAGUGUGAGAAAUGGAGACGUUUUCUGCAUUGGUUCUCUGUGCGUCUCCAGCAAGAAA